CAAGUUCUGGUCAACACUUGCAUUCCAAAUAGACAUUCGUUAUGUAACUGUCUUUGAAUUUCGUAUUAAUUACAGAAAAAAUUCUCAUCAUAUUCUUUACGAAUGAAACCAUUUUUGAAAUGAAAUAAUAUCACUGGAAUUGAAGUUGCUGGGUCGUUGUCGCUUAAUUGCUCAUGUGCUUAGGUGAUUUCUUUAACCUUUAGGCAAAUCCAGCAAACCAUCUGUUGUCCCCUACAUUGUUCUUUUUUAUUUUUAUUUAUUUAUUUAUUUAUUUUCUUUUAAGGCGUGCACUAAGCCCAAAAGAGACACUUACCAAUCACUAGCCUUGACUUUACCAAGUCAUUCAAACCAAUAGAAUAGCCUAGCAGGUAUAUCAUCAGUUGUGUCCAAGAGUCUGGACCCUGCUCGAGAGUGUGCCCCAUGCGUGCAAGUCCAUCAGCGGAGAAUUUUAUUCUCUACGCACAUGAUUCACCUGACCAUCAUCUUCAUGCCAGUCUUCUGCAUUGAAUUCCAUACUGCUUUAUUUGUUAUAAACUUAUAGUUCAUAUAAAUCAGAAUUUGUAGAAGUCAGCGGACAGACUGGAACUGAUGUCACACAAUGAUAGUAGGCAGGACUCACAAAGUUAUCCCUCCUCUACUUUGAUCAAUGUGAAAUUUUAUAUUUAAUGUAAUGCAAAGUUUAUGUUAGACAUCCCUGCAAGCAACAUAAGGUUGUUAUAGUCAAAGCUGUCUGGAAUUUUGAAACUCUUGUUUCUUGGUUGGUGUCAUUCAAAAUUUCUGUUGUGCCAAUUUCAGCACUACGUAACCACCAUAUGCACUAUUCCUUUUGUGAUAUGCAAACAUUUUUUUAAAUCAGAUUCAUGCUAAAUGAGUCUAAUCGAACAUUCAUGCUGCCAACUCUAGCCAUGUGGUCUUGCUUUUCAGUUCUACUUUGUGCACACCUGAGUAUCUGAACCUCGAUACUAGUCAUGCUAAAUAAGUCUAAUCCCACAUUCAUACUGCCAAACUCUAGCAAUGUGGUCAUGCUUCUCAGUUCUACCUUGCGAACACCUGAGUAUCUGAACUUACUAGUCAUGCCUCAACUGCAGGCACUUGUCUGUUUUUGUCUGGAGCAUCUUACACCAUCUGGUAUGUAAUUUUCAAAUGUAUUAAGUAGUAUGAUUUAUUUUGCAAAUUCAAUGUCAGUCUGGAAUCUUCUUAGAGAAUUCCGCAUUCAGAAGGUUCACAUGGCUGUGGUUCUCAAUGAAUAUGGUGGAACUGUAGGGAUAAUUACCCUAGAAGAUGUGGUGGAGGAAAUUGUUGGUGAAAUAUUUGAUGAAAAUGAUUCCAAGGAGGAGAUUCAGAAAAAAACUGGCUACAUCGUAAUGCGUGCAGAGGGAGUAUUUGAUGUGGAUGCAAACACAUCUAUAGACCAGCUCUCUGAAGAUCUAAAUGUGAAAAUGCCCGAGUGUUGUCAAUAUUGGAGCACCUGCUUUAGUUACAGAGGCUGCAACAGCGAUAUUUGGUGAAGCUGGUGUUAGUGCAGCAACUGGAGUAAUGACUGUUCUUAUUUUGCUCCUCACUGAAAUAACUCCCAAAAGUGUUGCUGUUCACAAUCCCACAGAAGUUGCUAGGUUUGUGUGAAAGAAACCUUGAGGCUACAUCCAGUGGCACUAUUGUUGCUUCCCCAUGCAUCCACUGAAGAUUGUACUGUUAAUGGCUUCUACAUACUCAAAAAAUAGCGCGUUAUUAUAAAUGUCUGGGCAAUCAGGAGAGACAACCAUGCUUGGAAGAAUGCAGACGAAUUCUACCCAAAAGGUUUGCGGGGAGUAGUAUAGACCUGAGGGGAAGCCACUUUCAGCUUAUUCCAUUUGGGUCGGGUCGCAGACAUUGCCCUGGAAUUCAAUUGGGGCUAGUUGUGGUCAAGCUGUAUUGGCACAACUUCUGCAUUGUUUCGUUUGGGAACUUCCAGAUGGUUUGUUACCGAGUUGGACUUGAUGGAGGAGUUUGGUCUAACUGUUCCACGAGCCAAGCAUCUGCUGGCUGUUCCUUCUUAUCGCCUACACAAAUAAGAACAUAUCAUCGAUCAUCAUAAUCAUAUCAGAAUGUUUAUGUACUGUUUAAUUUCAUGUUUCAAUAGUUUUUGGACAAUUACAGGUUUGAUGUUACUAUAGCUAAUAUAACUUGUAGGUGGACAUAAGCUUGUGAUGGUCAGAUUAAUAGGUCUUACCAACUACCAAAAGCAAAAUCUUUCGUAC